CUUUUGAUACAAGAGGUAGUAAUGACCAUUUUCUUAAGCCUUGAGCAGUAACCCAAUGAAGGUUAUGAAAGCUAUGAAGAAGCUCAAGUUCUGGUCUAGAAAGAAAAGGAAACGUAAGCAAGCUUGCCCAUCUCAGGCUCACCAAUGCUCUUGUGAGUACUCCUCCGUGCUGUCAGCGGUUGAGCCUGUGGCAGAAGCGGUGGUGGUUGAGCCUACAGCGCCUCCUUUCCCGUUUUGGUUCGAUGAGAUUGGGAGUGUUAGUGCGCCAGAUACAUCUGCAUUUCCUUGGAAUACUCAGUUGCCUCACAAUCAAGAAGAAACCAUUGUGGAGACAAGCCCGUUGUUGUCUCAGGUGUCUGAUCUUCGCAUCUAUCAGUCGUAUCAGCAGUACAUGGUGCCGAAUCCAAGUUAUGGUGUCCCCAUUGUAGAUGCAGCUCCAGCCAAGAAAUCAAUGGGAAUGUUCGGUUGUGUUAUCGAGAUCUGUCUGAUUCGUGGCCCACCCACCAAUAUGUACGGACGUGACCCAUGGGGCGGUCCUUUAGAGAUCAAUGCGGCGGACUCACUCACCGACGACGAUCGCAGUCGAAAUCUGCAAGAACUCGACCGUGCAGCUUUUUCUCGACCACUCGACGCUACGCAGCAGAGCUGGCUUCUCGGCCCAACCGAGCCCAAGAAGAAAAAAUACGUCGAUCUCGGGUGUUUACUAGUCAGCCGCAAAAUCUUUCUCUGGACUCUCGGAACCUUUGUGUUAACCGCGUUUCUCGCUGGAUCCAUUACCACGAUCGUCAAGAAAGUGCCACGCCACAAACACGAGCCACCAAAACCCGACAAUUUCACUCUCGCUCUCCACAAGGCUCUCUUGUUCUUCCAUGCUCAGAAAUCUGGGAAACUACCAGAGCACAAUAACGUGUCAUGGAGAGGUAGUUCUUGCCUGCAAGAUGGUAAAGGAGAUCAAGGACAAGUCUACAAAGAUUUGGUAGGAGGCUACUAUGAUGCUGGAGAUGCUAUCAAAUUCAGCUUCCCAAUGUCUUACGCAAUGGCCGUCCUGAGCUGGAGUGUGAUUGAAUACAGUGCCAAAUACCAAUCUGCUGGCGAGCUCGACCAUGUUAAAGAACUCAUCAAAUGGGGAACUGACUACUUCCUCAAGACUUUCAACAGUAGUAGUCUGGGUAAAAUCUAUGCAAUGGUGGAAGAGGUUGGAUUUGGGGAUACAAGUGGAGGAAGUGUGAUUCAUAAUGACCAUUACUGCUGGAUGCGUCCUGAAGACAUUGAUUAUAAAAGGACUGUAACACCAUGUUACGGUACCUGCCCGUAUCUCGCUGCAGAGAUGGCAGCUGCUCUAGCUUCUGCAUCCAUUGUAUUCAAGGACAAUAGAAUCUACUCUCAAAAGCUUGUUAAAGGCGCUAAGAUACUCUAUGACUUUGCAGAGUCUACUAAACAUAGUCACAGUAAACGUCAUAAAGAUGCUAGCGAGUUCUACAAGUCAAGCAUGUCCGGGGAUGAGCUUCUUUGGGGUGGAGCUUGGAUGUAUUACGCUACUGGUAAUGUAACAUAUCUUGAUAAAGUUACCAGUCACGUUAUGGCUCAGGAGGCUGGUGCCUUUGGGAAAAGCUCUUAUUAUGGGGUAUUUAGCUGGGACAAUAAGCUUCCAGGAGCUCAGUUGCUGUUGACCAGGAUGAGGCUGUUUCUGAGCCCUGGAUAUCCAUAUGAAGACCUUUUGAGCACCUUCCAUAAUCAAACAGACAGAGUUAUGUGCUCUUACUUACCUUAUUUCAGAAAAUUUAACAGAACCAAGGGAGGUUUGAUCGAGUUGAAUCAUGGAGCUCCACAGCCUCUCCAGUAUGCUGCAAACGCUGCUUUCUUAGCGACGCUAUUCAGUGAUUAUCUAGAAGCAUCUGAUACUCCUGGAUGGUACUGUGGCCCUAAUUUCUAUUCUAGGGAUGUAUUACGCGAGUUUUCUAGAUCGCAGAUUGAUUACAUACUCGGUAAAAACCCUAGGAAGAUGAGUUAUGUUGUGGGUUUUGGGCAACGUUACCCGAGACAUGUACAUCACAGAGGAGCUUCAAUACCGAUGAGUGUAAAGAAAGAAAGCUGCAAAGGAGGAUGGAAAUGGAGAGACAGCAAAAAGGGAAACCCAAACACCAUUACAGGAGCAAUGGUUGCUGGACCUAACAAGUAUGAUGGAUUCCACGACGUUCGUGCAAACUACAACUACACAGAGCCGACUCUAGCAGGCAAUGCUGGUCUGGUCGCUGCUCUGGUGGCAUUAUCUGGAGGAAAAACAGUUGGUGGUAUUGACAAAAACACUAUCUUCUCUGCCGUACCUCCGUUGAACCCUCCCACGCCGCCGCCUCCAGCACCUUGGAUACCCUAAAAUGAAGUAAAACUUGAAACUAUUGAGUGUGUAAUAAGUCAUCUAUUUUUGCCUAAAUAAAAACAAAUAAAAAGCAAGUUUCAAGU